CAACAGACGGAACACUUGCCAGAAGAGCAACGCGCGAGCUGCGUAGAGCGGAAAAGUAAAGUCCAGUGAAACCAGUAUCAGUCAAAAACUGCAAUGAAAAAUUCAACAAGCCACUGAAACCCAAAGCAAUCCAAUUAAACACAAAACGCUCAAUGAAAAUGUGAAACGAAAAACAGAGAAACACUUGACAAUUAUGUAAAGCCUCUCCCGGCCGAAAACAAGUUAGCAAACAACAAAAAAUGAAUAAACUCGUGGUACCGUAAAACUAUCAAAAAACUGUAGAACAAGUGGCAACAACUCAAAGAAACAAGCAACAAACGAAAACUCUCCAAAAGUGCUAGCAAUUAAAAAUAAUUUCACAGUUUGCUAACGAACAAGAACAGAGGAAUACGAAAUAUAAUAAAACAGAAACCGAAUCUUGAAUGUCGCGCAAAAUGUUGCAAGUGCCGGUGGCAACACUCGUGUUGCUGUCGCUGCUGCAAGUUGCCGAUGUUGCUGCUGUCGCAGAUGCAGCAGCAACAGCAACUUCAGCAUCAGCAACAGCAUCCACGUUGACAACCGGAAUCGAUGCCAGCCUGAAGAAUGCCAAGCUGAUUGAGGGCAAAGUGCUGCCCGAUUUGGCCAUCCUGAAGCGCGUUAACCAGGAAGACGAAAAGUGGCAGCAGGUCUACCGGUUCAUCGACGAUGGCUUUCCCGUCCUCGAGUUGUAUGGUUACAAGCCAAAAUCAGACCUACCGUACACAUUGAUUGUGCCCAAAAUCGAUGUGCGGAGCAUUGAGAAACCGCGGCUAAAGGAGUUCAUGUUGGAGCAUUUGGUGCCCGGGAAAAUCUUCGACAGUUACAGCGCGGCGGCCAAUGGAAAUGGGAAUGGCAACAGCAAGGAGGAGGAGGAGUCCUUCGGCAAUGGGAACGGACACAAAAUCGUUUUCCGUAAAUUGGAAAAAUCCCACAACAAUGUUUGGCUACUCAAUGGCCAGCAAAUACUCCACAAGCUGCGUAUCAAUGAGAACCUGAUGGCCAUUGCAAUUGAUGGUUAUUUGGGCGAUAGGAAGUCGCCCUACUCCAAGCGCAAUAUUCAGGAAACGAACAACCGCUACAACGACCCCCAACCGUUGGAACAGCCGAACAUUACGAACGCGCAUGCAAAGGUGGAGCCCGUUAUCAAGGAAUCGAAGGCCAGUCCACUGAUGUCCUUUUUGGCCAACAUGAAGACGGGCACCAAGGUGUUCCAGCACUUCCUCUCCAAGAGCAAUCUGACCCGAAUUAUGGACGACAAUGCGUACACGGUGCUGAUUCCCUCAGACAACGCCUUCCAGCGCUGGCAUCCCAUCGACUGGGGAUUCUACCCGUUCUCCGUGCCCGAAUUCACCGAGUCGGUGCUUAGGAACCACUUCCUGCCCAUGCAGCGACCCCUGCGGCUGGCCGAUGUCCGGAAUAUGGAUGAGGUGGUCGUGACCACCAUGGGUGGCGAGGAUGUCGUCUUCCACGGCCAACCCACGCCCACGGUGAACAAUGUGAGCAUUAUGUCCGACUACAACCUCUCCAAUGGCAAUCAGGUGUUCAUUAUCUCCGAAGUGCUCUUCGUCACAGAAGCUGUGGUUUCCAAAUUGCAUCAGAUGCACAAAGACAAGGAGACGCCUCCACUGCUGGCAUUCCCCUGGUUUGGAGCACAGUUCCUGUCCCACUCAUUUUUGGCCUUGGAGAGAGAUCCGCGAUUUACCCAGAUUACCAGAUAUCUAAACAGUGCCGAGAUUGCUCCCCACAUUUCGGGAGCCAAUUACACUUUCUUUGUGCCAGAGGAUCGGGCCUUUGAAAAGCUAGGAUUCGAUAAACUAUCCGAUGAGGUCAUGGCCUCACAACGCGGCGUUAAAAUGCUGCUAAACCAUUUCGUCAAGGGCCGUCUGUACAACCGGGAUCUCCGCGAUAAUGAGGUUUUCGAGACAAUCGGCGGUGGCCAUAUAAAGAUCACUCGCAAUCCGGGCAGCAACUAUACCAGCGUGAACAAUGCCCAGAUCACGGAAAGCGAGGUCUUUGUAUACAACUUGGGCACCAUGUACUAUCUGGACGACAUCUUGUACUCGCACAUGCUGCGCGACUUUGUGAGCAAGUCGACCAAGACGAGAUCCAAUCGGCACGGCAGCGACUCCGGCGGAGGAUCACGGAGCACCUCGCGGCCCAGCGAUGUGGAGAUCGUGCCCAAUGAGUUCGAGGGAGAGCACAAUGGCGGGGACUAUGCCAUCCACGGGGAUGACGAGGACUUCGAGGACGAGAUAAUCACGCCCAAGGCGCUGCCCGUUCAGAUCUACGAGUUGCCCAAAUAGAGAGCGGGAUCUUGAAAGCUGGGUUUAUGUCAGAAUAUAUAUCGCGAAUGUUAAUGCGAAAAUAUAAUAGGCGGCACUUCUUUGCAUUGAUUUAAAAAUAUUCCUCAUUCUGUU